UGACUGCGAGCCUCAAGGACUGUAUCCAGGCUACAACGUGGGGCUGGAGCUGAGACUGCUGGGAAGCAGCGGGGCUCUCCCGACAUACUUUCGUCUUCAGGGAGGAAGGAGGUGACUAGGAAUAGGAGGUGGGCCUUCCGCAGACCCGCCCCGCCUCGCCCCGCCACGUUCCGUUGCCAGGACACGGAGGGACGCUGUCCGUUCUGCUGCUACUGCUGCUGCUACGGUUUGCGCCGGCUUCUUGGCACCAGGACCUUAUAAAACACCCCGGCUACUGCAUGCCCCUCACCUGCCCGCGAAGAAAUGGACCUGACCGUGAGGCAGCUCCUGUACGAUGCACAACAGCGUGGAGAUGUCGAGGCCCUGAAGAAAGCCUACCAGCUGAUCAAGGGGGCCAGCGAGGGCCAGUGCGCCCUGGACAGCUCCAAGAGUUUCAGCCUGGAGCUGGCCGUUCUGUGCGCCGAGCAGGCCCUGCAGAUGAAGCUCCCAGAGAUCACAGAGGACUGCGUGAAUCUGUACUUCAAGGGGAAGCCGCUGCCCAGCCAGUUCAGGGGCAGAGCCUACCUGUGUCAGGCCCAGCUGUACAACCCCGAAUCCAUGGAAAAGCUGGAUGAAUUUGAAAAGAGUGUGGCUCAGUACAUGAAAGCCAUCAAGUUUGGGAGUCAAGAUCCCAAGUACUAUUUUCUGGUCUAUAACGCCUCCGUCCUCUACUGGAAAAUGGCGAGGGCCUUCCUCAAGCCCAACCACCGAAAGUAUCUCAUCCCGAGCCUGGCCCAGAUCGUCACUGUGUUGGAGCAGAUCAAUGAGGAAGACAAGGACUGGCAAGCGGAGCUCAUGAUAGAGCUCUUGGAAUGUUAUUUGGAGGCCAAAAAAAUGGAGAACGCUGAGAAGUUCUGCACGAAGGCCGCCCCGUUCAUUAAGAUGAACGCCCCCCACAGAUACCAGCAAAUAUUUUCCAUCAUGGUGCAGCACAAACUCAUGGAAGUGGAGAAGAUCAGGGAAGAAAUGAAAGAUUCCCUCAGCUUGACCAUCCUGUUCAAAAUUAACACAUUAAAAUCGCUGAUGAGAGAGAAGUUGCCCUCUAUGGACACCGACAAGUACCUGAAGGAAGCCUAUGAACUCCUUAAGCAGUUCCAGAAACAAGAUUCGGCCCAGGAUGAGAAGCCGCGGCCUCAUUCCCAGGCGAAGUCCCUUCAGAAGAAAUGCCUGUCCCCCAAGGCUGAGCAUUUCCGGCGGGGAGCCCCCGGGCCCCUCCAAGAGUGCGUCACCUCCCACCCGCCGCCUCCCGCCGCCCGCUCCGGUCCCCAGGACUCCACAGGCGGAACCUCCUGGAGGCAGCGAAGCCUGCAGGGCCUCCGGCCUCCCAGGCGGCUGAAGCCCCUCAGCGAGGCCUGCUUCCCUCGGGGCGGGAGAUGGGCGUGGGGAAAGGAGGAGCUGCCCCACAGUGGGUGGUUCCUAGGGCUGGCCCCGCCUCUUCAGGGCCCCGCCCCAGGUCCUGGCUCCCACAGCAGAUUUAGAGAGAAUUCCCCUGGGAGUCCCUCACCCUCCGGGCACGCGAUGUCCGUCCCCGAGGCGCACGCUGCCCGGCCCCCUGAGCCCUACCUCUUCCCCCCUCCUUCCCGCCCCCUCCCCGCACUCAUGCUCGUCUUCCUGCUCCCCCCGCUCCCGCGCAAGAUCCGCGAUGCUCGCCCCCCCCCUUGCCCGCCCCUCCCCAGCGCCCGGUGCCCGCCCGCUGCCACGUUCACCCGUCUCCGUUGUCCCACUCCGGGAGCACCGUGCCCGCCCCUCCCCAGCGCCCGGUCUUCUUUCUCCUUUGCCCCCAGGAUCCUGUUGCUCCUAGAACUGGUCCGUCUGGCCUUGAACCUGAAAUGCGUGGAAAUCGCCAGCAACUGCAUCGAGGACCUGAAAGCUGUGAAGCUGAUGGAUCUGGGGAAACUGGUGGAGCUGGAGUGCGUGGAGUACCAGCUGGAAAUCCUCAGGAUCGACAGGAAGGUCAAGGCCUACACGCGCAGUGCUGUGGAGACCCAGCUGAACGUGAUCAAGCGGCUGAGCUCGGCCUUGCUCCGGGCCAACCGGCUGAAGAACCCCAGCGUGAUCCAGGUGGUGUGCGCCACCCAGUGGAACAUCUGCCUGCCCCUGCUGCAGCACAACCUGCGCGGCCACCUGCUCGGGCCCCUGAUCCAGGUGGCCGAGAUGUUGGAGAAGAUCGACAGCCUCAUGACCCUGAUGCGCUGCCAAGUCCACAUGGAGAUCGCCCACAUCGAGGAGGACGAGGACCGGCUGGAGGUGGCCAUGGAGCACCUGCAGAAAGCCAUGAGCCUCGACUACCUGGGCGAGUACCAGGAGCACCUCAAGAUCGCCUACAACCGCCUGCGCCUGCGCGCCAUGCUGUACGAGGUGCCCAAGCGCAUGGAGGACAAGGCCAUCAUGGCCAUUGAGCAGGCGAAAAAAGCAAAACCCAAGGACAGCGUCCGGAAAAAGCGCGCCCUGCUGGUGACCGUGGGGAUCGCCAUGGCGCCCGACGCUUUUCAGAUUGUCCUGGAUGGCGAGAACGAAGCCAAAGUGUCGGCCGGGAAGAGCAGGAGGCAGAUCAGCUUCCUCUGCGCCAAGGCCCGUCACCACACGACCAGCAUAGACAAAGCCGAGGGCCACCUGAAGAGGCUGAAGCACAACAACCGGGAGGAGAGGAUCCACAUCUGGGCGGACCUGGCCAAGGUGGCGCGCAAGCAGGGCGUGUGGGACGUGUGCCGGACGGCCUGCCGCUUCUGCCUGCUCUACGACGGCUUGAUCAAGAAGAUGUCCAAGGUCAGGAAAGUAGGGGGAAAGAAGAAGAAGGGGGCGGCCGAGGCCUCCCUGGAGCUGCCGAGCUCCUCGGAGCUGACGCUGGGCUCCAAGAUGCCCCUGGAAGUCCAGCGCACCUUCGCCGAAGUGGGCUUCAUCAACGCCGAGGCCAUCAUCCACUUCCUUCAGUCCGAGGGCAUCGCGCUGAACGACCGGCCCGUGCCCCCGGAGACCUCGGUGCAGCACCACACUGGCACCGUCGUGGUCCCCCCGGAGGAGGAUGCCGAGUGGCUCACCUACAGCUCCUGGAUCGAGAACCUGUCCCAGUACGUGACCAGGAACUGGCUGCGCUCGGCCGAGAUCGGCCAGGAGAUCAACGAGGCCUGGCUGGUCCACAACACGGCGGUCUACGCGCUCAACCACAACCAGCACCUGAUCCUGGCCGGGCGGCAGCGCGAGCUGGUGGAGCUGCUGCAGAGCCUGCUGAACACCCUCAAGGUCACCGGCCACAAUGGGGACACAGUCAUGCUCGUGCAGCUGUGCAACGCCCUGGCUCGGGGACUCAUCCUCUUCUGGAUCCCCUCGCACACGUCGGAAAAGGGGCGCCACUUUCUGAAGACGACGCAGACUCACAUCAACCCCCUGGAGACGGGCGCCAUCGCCGAAGUUAAAGCGGCCAUUGAGGUUUGUGACUUUGCUCUCACGCUGACCAACGGAAAUUUGCCUCAAGAGAUAGUGCCCAUCAGCAUCCGGCAGCAGCUCCUCGCCACCUGGGUGAAGGCCAAGCAGCUGAUUCAGCAGCAGAUUGGCGGCAAGCUGGGCAUGGAUGAUGAGAGCACAAAUGAAAGCCAGGCGCAGAUGGCCAAAGUGCUGGUUGCCUUAGAGAUGUACUCCUGCAACGGACUGGGUCUCAUGGACUUCAACCUGCCGCCCUUAGCCCAGGUGGUGAAGAUGGCCUCCGAGUGCAUAUGGACAGACACCUUCGUGGAGAUCCAGAGCCUGGUCCGGCUGGCACAUUUUGCUUAUAUGCUGCACGACCAUGGGAUCGUGAUGGCCUUGGCCAAGAUGGUCCUGAGCAAGGACGACAGAUCCUUCGAUAACCUGCGGGACGUCAAGUUCCUAGAUCAAAAUGAACACUUGCAUCAGGCGGAGUUAAUGAGUGCUCUGUUGUGUACCCAAGGGAAAAGUAUCAUGGAGAACUUGGCGGGAAGGAAGCAACUGCGGCACCAGGCGGCCAAGGCCUUUCUGAGCAGCAUCAGGUAUGCAGGCUUGGCAGGGAACCUCAGCUUGGCGAUGCAAUCAACCCGCCACUACUGGAACACCUGCUUCCCGUUCUUCAGCUCCCCCUUUUGGCGGAAGAAGCUAAAACAGUCCAUCCAGAUGAUCAUCAAAACCAUCAACAAGACGGAAAACCAAAGUCAGGAUAAGGAGAGGAACAUGAUUCUGCACCAGUGGCCCAGCAUGGACCUGCAGUACAGCGGCAGCACCGAAGGUCACUUCCAAGCAGGAGCUGAGGAUGACAUCACCCUGAAAACGGCCCUGUAUGGACUUCUGUUCCACAUGCACGCUGACAAGAAUGAUCUGCAGGGGGGCCUCCGGACCCUGGAGGAAGCCAUCAAGGUGUUGCCUCGCACUGGCCAUCGGCUUCUGAUUUUCAAACACAUGGUGAUGGUGAAGGCCAAACUGGGCCAGAACUUCUCGAUGGAGAUCCAGAAGUUCAAGGACGCCAGCGAGGACUACUUGUCGCACAUGUGGCGCCUCCUGGCCUUCAGCUCCAAGGAUCUCUCGGGGAGUCUCCACUGCUACUACAAUGCCAUCCAUGCGCUGCAGAAACCUGAGAACACCUGGACAAAGAUUGAUUAUCUGAUAGAAUUCUCUGAGUGGCUGUAUCACAAUCAGUUUCCCAUCGAAAAUAUCUUGUCCCACCUGGACUGGGCCAUCGCCCUCUUACUCACCAUGAAGACACAGAGCAGUUCUCCCGAGGAGAUGGCCAUUUCUCCAACUCUAAUGGAGGAAGCCGGUGAGGAGGAGAUUGGUGAUGUUCUUGAAAAAAACUCCUUAAAACCAGAGGGGCAUGUGGAAGAGUCUCCUGAGGUAGCUCAAAAGGUGACCUUCGAGACCUUAACCAAUGUGAGGCAGCUGGAGACGCUGGCUUACGUCCACACGCUCCAGGCGGUAAUAUCGGGGCCCGGGUCUCCCCUGUGUGAGGAGAAUUGUCUGAUGGCCUACAGGUACAUCAUGCGCAUUUGGGAGGUCUCCUUAGGAACAGUGGCUAAUAUCCUUCUAAGCUUCCAACAAAAUCCAGAGGACGCAGACCGUUCCCUAUCCCUCAAAAAGGAAAAAGAGAAGAAGGAGAAGGGGGGAGAGGAAAAGCAGAAAAAGAAGAAGAAGGAGAAGGGCAAAGAGAAAGAGAAAGGCAAGGAGGAGAAGAAGGAGAAAGCCAAGGAGGAGAAGAAGGAGAAAGGCAAGGAGGAGAAGAAGGAGAAAGGCAAGGAGGAGAAGAAGGAGAAAGGCAAGGAGAAGAAGAAGAAAAAAGGCAAAGACAAGGACAAAGACAAGCAAAAGGAGAAAAAAGACAAAGAGCUGACGGCGAUCCAGUUGUUGAUGGCCAGCAAGCCAAUUGACUCUUUGCCAGCCAGUGUGGAGGAGUGGGCUUUCUACACUUGCCACCCUGAUGUCACUGCCCUCUUUAACCAGGAUGCCAAUGAUUCCACCAUUAAUGAAAACACUAUCGUGAAGCCUAAUUUCAGCCUGUACUACCUGGACCUAUUGGUGAAGACAAUGAACUCGAUUCAUCUCAUCCACCUCACACUUCCCAUCCUCCAGUUUGCUGUGUUGAUUUGUAACCUAAUUAUAGAGAGCAAAACAGUCUCUGACCUCUACCACCUCAGGCUGGCUCUGGCCUGCUCUGAGUUGCGGCUGAUAGAAGCAGCAGCCUUCCACGAAGGAAUUGUGGGAGGGGUCUACAUCGACGAGCUGGAGCAGGCCAGGUGUAGAAACGAAGUUCGAGCUAGGAACCAGAAGAAGAGUGAGUUUCUGAAAGAAGUGGCCACCGAAGAGAGAGGCUCGGUGGAGCAGGGCCCGCCCGAACCUGUGGUUCUGGAAGCCAGGGAUAAGGUUUUGGAGCUCGAUGAACAGACGGGGAAAGGUCUCCACGACAUUUCCUUCCCAUAUCUGUGGAUGUACAAGGCCGAAGUGCUGCUUGAAAUGGACUCUUACCAGCCAACGUGGCUGCUCCUUGCAGAAGCUCAGGGGGCCUUCCGGGAACUUGGGGAUGAGUGUGCAGAGGCAAAGUGUCUAUAUCUUCUAGCUGAACUGGCAAAGAAAGAAUUAAAAUAUGAACAGGCCAAGAAAAUGAUUGAGAGGGCUCAGAAGCUGAAGGGAAAUGAAGAAUUCUGGUACCACUCCACAGUAGUACUCAUCGAUACGCUCUUAACACAAGAAGGAGGAAGGGAACCUGUGAUUCCUAACAUUAUCCAGAAGACAAUUGAUGUUUUCCUGUCCCUGAUCCAAGACAGACCCAACAGGAAGUCCAUCCUGAACUUCUUAGCCAUGUGUCUGGAAGCCAGGGCUACACAAGUUCAGCUGAACAUUGUCUUAGAGUCAGCUGGAGACAAUCCUUUGGACUUUUCCUACUUGCUGCAGACUAUCAAUAAGAGGCUGAUAAAAAUUGAGACAAAGUUUCUUGAAGGUGGUUAUAAGGACCACUGUGUAGAUCUAAUCCUCCUAUCUGCCAAGAUCAAGGGGGUACUUGCUAGCUCUGAAACUGAUGAAAAAAAAAAGAUUUGCUAUUAUUUAGAAGCCUAUAACUUGACCCAGAAAGCUAUUAUGUAUCUGGAAGAAAUAUAUUAUAACAUUCAGUCUCUGCUGCCCCUUAGUGAGACCCAGAACAUCAGCAUUCCUCUGAUGAGGAAGCUCGCCCACCUCAAGUUAAAGCUGGCCGAAAUCUCAGUGGAGAUAAUGCAGUAUAAUCUGGAGAAAGCUCUGCAAGAAGAAAUGAAAAAAGGGACGUGGGAAAAAAUCCUGGCCGACUACUUGUUGGAUACCAACGACUUCACCAAGCUGGAAUGGGACUGGUUCUACCUGAAACGAACGGUGGCCCACAGAACUUUGGCCCAGUUGGAGAGCAUGCAGCACUUAUGCAUCGGAUGCAGCGCUCUUAAAGCAGAGCUCUUGUAUUUCGUUGGGAAAACGUUCCGUCUCUUGGCUCUUCAGACCGACCCUAUUCCUUUGUCUCAUUACUGGGAUGAAAACUUCUUGUUUGAUGCCAGAAUGACAGUCAUGGCACAGGUGGAGACAGACCCCGAGGAGAUUGAGACCAAACCAAAGUGGAGGCCGGACUUUGUGGGCACUCCCCAAAACGAAGACCAGAUCCAGAAGGCCAGAGAACUAAAGAAAAGGUUUGCGCUGGCCCAGAAAUUCCACUCCCAGGCGUCUGAGGUUCUGCUUCAGUGCCUGCAAGUCUGUCUUAGCAAAAACCAGAUCAGCACCGCAGCCAAAGCCAGCCUCGAGAUGACGGAGAGCAUCGGUGUCUUGGACCACGCUUCUGCCUGCCAGUUCCUGGCCCUUCACCAGAGCUGCCUGGCAUCCCUGGCCAUGAAAAAGCUCCUGCUCUCCAUUACCACCAACACCAGAAGCUCCCAGAUGGCCGCCCUGCUCCAGCUUCACGAAGGGCUGCAGCAGCAAGGGAAGUCGGGGACGGGCCUCUUCUUCCACGUGGAGCAGAAGCUGCAGCAGAUUUCCAAGGCCUGGCAGAACCUCGGUAUCACCGAGCAGCACUUUAACAUUCUCGGCGACCUCCCCCCGAGCUACCGGGUCAUCAUCCUCCAGCACUCUGCCGACAGGUCUGUCCUCUACGGCAUGGUGUACGAGAAGUCCAAGUUUGUUCCUGGAGCCAAGGGAAAACCCCUUCAAAUCGGCGGCCAGUGCAAGGUCCUCCGUAUCCAGAGGGACUCCUCCUUCAUCUCCCAAAUUCUGAGCUCCUUCAACCAAUUUAGGGAGGGCCUCGUUCUUGGCUCCCCUGAGGAAAUGUCGCUGGGAGUCCACAGAACUGUGAGCCCGGAGGAACAAAAGCUGGUCCAGGAUUUCAACAGCAUCAUCAAGUCCCUCGAAGAGUAUCUGCAUCCAGUCUGCGCGGCCGUCCACCACUGGGAUGUCAGAAUCCCAACUGAAGUGAUAAAGAAGACAAAAGAAAAGGAUCUGAAGUCUCCCUCAACAUCACAAGAGCCCCCCAGCCCUCAGGUGGAAGUGCCCGAGUACCUGAUCCUCAUCGCCGACCGGAUGCUCCUGGAGUUUCCCCUGGAAGCGAUCCCAGGCUGGGAAGAAGGGACCAUCGGCUCCGUGUCCCGGGACCUCUCUCUGCAGAUGCUGGCCAAUCGCCUCCACCUCCGCAAGGAAGAGACAGAAGUUACCAAGAAAGAGGGUAAAGGUGGCAAGACUAAAACUAAAAAGUACAGCAAGAGGACGAGCCGGCUCAUGCCAUCCAACUGCAUCCCUGUGGAAUCCAUCAAUUUAAAAUAUAUCGUGGACCCGUUUGAGGAAGCAAAAUCCAAAAUAGAGAACUUCACGCCCAUCUUCAAAGUGCACGAGAUCCUGGAGAAGUACCGAGACGCCUUCCCCGGCCGCUGGUCUGGGUUCCUGGGAAGGAAGAACUUUCCGAGCCAAGCAGACUGGGAGCAGAGCUUGAGCUCCUGCAGCGGGUUUUUCUUCUAUGGGAUGGAGAACUUGCUGUCUCACGUGCUUGUCGAUAGUCUGAUCACCAUGAACCUGCAAGAUUGCCAGAUAAUGUUCCUCCUGAACUUGAUGCACACGGCCUACAGCCUCCAGAGGCGGGCCAAGUUCGAUGAAAUCCAGAGGCCUUCCCAGCUCCUGCUGCACAAGCCCGUGGACACCAUCAUCCUGCUGAGUCUGGUGGGCGUCCGCUGCGUGCUGAGCAACCAGUGGCCCACCUUCCUGUUCUGCAACGCCCGGAGGGUGGACCUCCUGUGUGAGAGCAUGAUCAGGCUGGGGAAGUCGAUCGGGAAAGCCGUCUUCCACAUCAUGAAGGCCAACUUGCGUGAGCUGUCCAAAAAAGAUUAUAAGGUGGUCAUGACUUCCCUGACUUCUCAAGGAGGUGAAAAUCCCAAAAAAGAAGAAGAGCUUCCCAGAGUUUCUGCAGAAAAAGGCGUGGAGCGCGGCACCAUGACGCUCCCCAGCAUGCUCCUUUUUGUGCCACCACGGACAAAUUUCAACUUUGUGCUCUACGGACUUCCGAACCUCUUCAUCGUCUGAGCCCGCCUCGACGUCACGGCCAGAGGCCCAGGCCCGGUCUGCGGCUCCACGACGGCCUGGGAAAAGGGGUCCGCGUGCCCCCGGGCUAUGGGAUCCAGCUGUCCCAUCUUCACCUCUCCCUUCUUGGAACCAGCAGGGCCGGCCCCUUCCCUGAACCAGCUGCUUCUGCUUCCGCAAGCUGCCCACAGGGUCUGGCUCCGGUGCCAGCCUUUGGGGCUUCUGUCCCUUGCCCUCCCUGCUCAUGCAGCCAUUGAACCCCCAGUGUGGCCCUGGUGUGCUCCUGCUGUGGCCCCAGCUGCAAUGCUUAGCACGGGGGUCUGAGGAUUGAGGGGGCAGUCCCCUCAGGCCAGGGUGGGUGGGGUCAGGGUGAGGGAGGAGGGAGGGGUGCACAGUGAAGAUGCCCUUGAGGAAAGCAGAGGGCCUCGGGCUGGGAUCUCGGGGCACAGAGGGAAGGUGGCCGUCGUGUCCGAGCCUUUGCCAGACUGAGGCCCCCAGGCUUCUGUACACCUCCCCCCACUCUUGACAUUUUUCAUCUGGUCAAGUCAGGAAGAAAUCUGGGUUUUUGAGCACUCCAGAAAUAAAGGCCCGUUUUAGGUCAUCGAA